AUGUCCGAAGAGAAAUCGAAGCCGAUUGAAACUGAAAAUGAUGUGGUGAACAAUCAAAUGAUUGAUCCUUUCAUCGAUUUCGAAUGCGAUAUUUGUCACAUGAAAGAAAAAUGUCUAUUUGGUGAUUUGAAUAUUUCCGAUGGACGGUAAGUUUUACUCAUUUCAUUUCAAUCGCGCGGCGCGUAUAAAUAAAAAUAAAUAGAAUAAACAUGGGCGGUUAAAUAGUGUCGUUUUUUCCGCAAAAUGUGUUUGUGUGUAAAUGUUUUCCCACUCUGCCUCCCUCAUCCCAAUCGAUUUGGUUUAGAGGACACCCGCUCUCCCCGCUUUUUUCUGUGUUUUCUUUUCUUUCAAUUUUUUUUUCAUAAUUCUUUGAGUUCUUCAAAGUGAAAAAUUGCAGAUGGAUACAAAAGAAGUAAAAGUUGAAAAUUCGGAACUUGGAGAAGACAACGAGUUUAAUUUCGACUUCAGUUGUGAUUUGGCUACAAGACAAUUUCAAACUGAAGAGGUUAUGUUGAUUUUGGAAACCUAUAUUAAUAAUAUUAAUGUUUUCAAAAAUCAAACAACUCAAACUCCUUGCGGUAAACCUAUGGUAAGCUAGUUAUCGUAACUCCAUUGAUAUAUUUUUUCUAGACGCGAAAAAUAAUGAUUCAACAAAUUGCGGACAAUUGUACAAAUCUUGGACAUGGUUUUCGUACCCCAAAACAAAUUGAACAAAAAUUGAGAGACGAGUUCAAAAAAUUAAGGAGAUUCAAAAAUGAAUUAGUGGGUUUUUCUGAAAUAUUUUUAUAAUUGGAUAAUCAUUAUAAUUACAGAGUAAUGGUUCUCGAAAAAAUAUUGGAAAUCUUCUAGUUUUCCCAAAAGCUUCUCAAGGAACAAUAUUUCUAUAUAAUAGUUUAUGCGAUCCAAAUGAUAAAAUUGAAGUCGAUUUCGAAUCAUCGAAUACAGAACAUAAACAAAGUGUAGAACAUGAUGAAUCAAUAAAUGAUCAAGCAUUGGCAAAUUUACAAAGUAUACUCGAAGCAACAAUGUCACAUAGUUUAACAAGAGAAACGGUAACUUAUAUCUAUUUUCAAUUUAUGUAUAUCAAUUCAUUUUCAGAGUGUUAUAUCUCCAACUCCUUCUAGUAGCAGAGAAAAACCAUCGCAACCUCCAUCGAGAAAAAGAGCACAUCCACAUCCGAGCAAACCAGAGUUCACAGUUAGCAAAAAUGAGAGUAUAACUUUGGAACAAAGUCAACAAGAGACAGAAAAACUGAAACAAGAAUAUUAUUCGGAACUUAUUCGAAAUGAAAAAUUAUAUGGAGAAUUGCUGAAAAUUCGCAUCGAAAAAGAAAAAAACGGGAUAAGUGAGUUCAAUUUUUCAACAAAAAUGGAAUGAUAAUUGAAUAUUUUCAGAAACUUCUCCUGAUCCUUGCUUGGAAACUGAAAAUGAACUUGGAGCUGUGAGAAGAAGAAUAUAA